ACGCCGUAGAGAGAGGGGCAAUCAGCUCCGCGAGUCCCAGCGCAUCUUUCACACUAGGCAUUUCUUAGGUGCUGCAGGGACGGUAGAGAGUCCACCUGAUAUCUGGCUAUGGAUGCUCUGAAAUCGGCCGGGAGGGCUAUUAUCAAGAGUCCAGGAGUUCCGCGACAGUCAUGGGGUACCUCCAAGCACGAAAAGUUGCCUGAGAACUGGACAGAUACUAAGGAGACCCUGCUGGAAGGUAUGGUAUUCAGUCUAAAGUACUUGGGGAUGACGCUGGUCGGCCAACCCAAGGGUGAAGACAUGGCUUCCGCUGCCAUCCGACGCAUCGUUUCAAUGGCUCGAGCUGGUGCUAAGAAGUUCCGCAAAGUGACGCUCACUGUGUCUCCUAAAGGCAUCAUCAUCUCUGACACUGAGACCGGGCAGCUGAUAGAGAAUGUAUCCAUAUACAGAAUUUCUUACUGCACAGCAGACAAAACUCAAGACAAGGUGUUUGCUUACGUCUCCCAGAGCCAGUUCAGCGAAACGCUGGAGUGCCACGCCUUCCUCUGCCCAAAGAAGAAGAUUGCCCAAGCUGUGACACUAACCGUGGCUCAGGCCUUCAAAGUGGCGCUAGACCUGUGGGAAAUCUCACAGGAAGACAAAAAUAAGGAAGUUCACUCGUGCUGCUCCCCUAGUGACUGCCCGGUGGACAGAACAGAAAGAUCUCCACACUGCAGUCCAGGUUCAGGGAAACUGCAGUCUCUCCGCAGAGAGAAGAAGCUGAGCAAGUCGUUUUUCUCCUCCGUCUUUCUCUCUCCAUCGCCCUGCAGCCGUCCCAAGCAGAGGCAGCCAAUCAAACAGGACUCCUGGGAUGUAGAAGAUGGGCUUGAAGAUGCAUUCCUGAGCAGUGUGGAUGCUGAAGUUAUGGACACAGAGUCCCGCUCCAGAGUGUGCCAUGAGGAUGCAGCUAUGAGUCCUCCUGAGGUUUUCUAUGUUCUUGGCCAUUUGGGAAGCAUGGUGAAGCCUGCAGGAGCCCAGGCUGCCAUGACGAGCGGGAUUCUGCUUCUAACCCUAACCCUAACCCUGACCCUGACCCUGACCCUGACCCUGACCCUGACCCUGACCCUGACCCUGACCCUGACCCUGACCCUGACCCUGACCCUGACCCUGACCCUGACCCUGACCCUGACCCUGACCCUGACCCUGACCCUGACCCUGACACGCUUCAGUGACACAGCAGAGCUUGUUCCUGGGUUCUGUGUGUAGUACUAAUUUUAUUUUAGCUCACCGUAAGGAGGUACACAUUUGCACAUUAAAAUUCCAUUCUGUGAUUAGCCUUCUAGCCUAUUUGAAGUUUUGAGUCUUUCGAUUUGAUGUCUUUCAGUUACUCAAUUUAACAUGUAUAGAUAUGAAUAGCAGAUCUGGUUUAAACUAUCAUUUAAAAUACUUUAACUCAGGAACAAAUGUGCUUAAAAUAUUUUAUUUACCCAAGUACUUGCCCUCAUUUACAUUUAACUUUCUGGCCUGUAUCUGCUGGCACUGAUAUUUGAAACAACAUUUUUCUAUUAUUUCUAUUGAGUUUUUCCAAAUAUUAUUGGAGUUAAAUUAUUUCCAAAAAUAUUUUGCCGAUAUUUCUUUAUAUUUUCUUUAGAUUUUAAAUGAUGCCUAACCCUAACCCCACCCUGCAGUCAUCUGCUGGGCAGCUUUAUCUUCGCAGUCACACCAUAUGUUGGGUUAUGGUGCGGUGGGUUAUUCAGGAUAAAUAAAUAAAUGUAAAUUUAAAUACAUUAAAUAAAUAAACAAAAAUGAUGGCAUUUGACAUGUAAUUUGGACAGAAUAUCCAAACCUGCACAAACAGUUUUUCAUCAUAUUUCCAGAUGUACAGAUAUAGUUGUAAAAACUGGAUUUUCAGAUACUGCCACUGAUUUAUAUUUACUGUCUUUCUUAGAUUUAAUUAAUAAAUCUGAUAUUUGGUAGUUUAUCAUCUGCAACUGUAUAUCUUAUGUUAUAUGUGAUUUGUAAAUGUUGGAUUUGUUUUCAAUUGUGAUUUAAGUUGAUGACUUUGUAUGCAACCUGCAAUAUCUCACCAAAUUUUAGAAAUGUUUUUUUUUUUUUUUUACAUUUGUUGUCCAAAAUGAUUGUGUUCAUUUGCAUUUUCAAACACUAGCAUACAGCCUGUUUCUGUUGUAUUUACUGUUUUACUUGCUUAAUAGUGCAUGAAAUAUUGGAUGCCUUUUCCCCAUUAAAACACAUCGCUCUACAGUUUGUGCUGUGUCUAAUGCUAGGGAAGAGAUACAGCACAGUAGUUCAAAGUGUUUUUAUAAACAUCUGAGAUUUCUGAACUAAAUGCUUGUGUACAUCUGAAAAAUGCAGCACCUUUCAUGAGCAAAUCUCAAAGUGUGUUGCAAGAUUAAAUAUAUCUUUAUAUCUGUUUUUACUCUGAAAAGUUUACAUAUUCCUGAGCAGACUGUUAAAUACCAAACAUUAUAACAAAAAAGCUGAUCUAGAAUGAAAGAAGAUUUUAUCUUUGUCCUCAGUUUGAAAUUCCAAGUUUGACAUCACAAUAAGUCUGUUUAACAGUGCUAUAUAAUUCACCUGAACUGCUGUAAAAGCAGUUAAUAAUAACACAUCUAUAAAGGAUGUUGGGGAUUAAAUGUGAUUUAGCAGUGCAGAGACGAAAGCAAUAGUUUAAUUUCUCUGGUCUGUAAGGUGUGUGUCUUUCGGGUACAAAGUGCUUUCUUUUCUCAUAUAAAUAUGCUCUUUGAUUGAGUUUGAGUUCUCUUUAAAUUGUGUAUUUUAUGCAGUUAUUUUGUGGGCAUUCCUUUUCUUUUUUUUGAUGAAAUCUAUGCAAUAAGUGGAUUUCUAUGAAUAACGUUGUGAUAAAAGAUUUUUUAGAUGGCAUAUAGAAUUUUCUCUCCAUGUGUGAAAUACUUUGUAUGAAGAACAUUAAUCAUUAUAUUGAAAGCAUAAGCAUAAAUAAAUGAUUUGUCCAAACAAGA